AUACCCAAGCACGCAUGCGCUGAAGCGGCGAGGUCGAGCCCAAGGUGUCCGCCGGCAGGAGAACCCGGAAAUUUGUCCGGGAUGCUUCGUUCCUUUGUCAGCCUGAGCCUCUGGCAUGUGGUGCCAGGCCAGACCUACGGAAGGAGCAGUCGCCUUUGGGGGAGAAGAUGCCCGUUUCUCUGCAAACCAGCCAGGUGCCGCUGCCAGCCAGCCUGGCACAGCCGGCUUGCAUCUUGGGUUGGUGGCACAGGCCUGCAAGCAUCUUUGCUGAAUGCCUUGGGAAAGGGCGCUUCUGACUCCGCAGCCCAGGCUUUGCACCCCAGCAGGACACAGUGGCACGCGGCCGGCUGGAGGUCUUUCUCCCAGGGGACCCCGCAGAGCCCCUCAUCCAGCCCCCGCCUCCCGUUCAAGACUCGACUACUCAUCACGGUCCUCUUUGGGGGCGGCAUCCUUGCUGGCUGGCUGUACCUGCGGGAAGAGAAGCUCCGGCAGGGGAAACUGAGGCGCAUUGAGGAGCUGCGGAAGCUGGCUCUUGGGCAGGGGGAUUUCCGGCUGCUGGACCACACGGGGCGGCCCCGCUCCAAGGCCGACCUGAGGGGCAGCUGGGUCCUGCUUUACUUUGGCUUCACCCACUGCCCGGACAUCUGCCCCGAGCAGCUGGAGAAGAUGAGCCGGGUGGUGGAACUGCUGGACGGCGAAUCCCACCUGCCAAGAGUCCAGCCCGUCUUCAUCACGGUCGACCCCGAGAGGGACGACGUGCCGGCGGUGGCCAAGUACAUCCGGGAUUUCCACCCGCGCCUCCUGGGGUUGACGGGCACCCCUGAGCAGGUGCGGGAAGUGGGCCGGGCCUUCCGGGUCUACGCCAGCGCCGGCCCCAGAGACGAGGACGGCGACUACAUCGUGGACCACACCGUGAUCAUGUACCUGCUCAGCCCAGACGGGCUCUUCCUGGACUAUUACAACCGGAACAAGACGGAGGCGCAGAUCGCCAAGAGCGUGCAAGGACACAUGGACACCUUCAAGAGCCUCUUUGGCUGAGACGGCGGCCUGGCAGGCGGCUUUCUCGACGCCGCUCUUUUGAAGGGAGGGGGCUGUUUCAACUUACAAGCUUCUGUAGUGACACCUUGUGGUGGCGAGUUCCGGAGGCUAUGUCAAGGGAGAAAUUAUAUUGCUAUGCUCUGAUAUUGCGUGUGUGUUCAUUUAUUAGGUUACCUGGGGGAGAAAAGAGGUUUGCUUUGCUUCCUGCAAAAUAUUUUGGGGUGCUUUUUAACAAACACAAACAUACUUAUUUGUCUGUCCUCUGUGGUUUCCGAGAGCUGCAGCAAAGGCUUUCAAGAUUGCUUUCCAAAGAGUUACUGUUUGUGCAUGGGCGCCCCUGCUGCUCCCUAAUUCUUUCCCUCUAAAGCGCAAAGCCUCCAAGUUAAGCACAGAUUAAGCACUAUAAAAUGGGGGUCUCUGCUUGCAGCAGUUUGAUUAAUCUGGGGUACAUUUGAGGGGGGAGGACCUGCUGUUCCCUCCCAGAGAUGCUCCUGCAGUCUGACACACGGCCACAGCAGCUGCUAAUUAUGACCAAUCUUGCCUUCCAUUAAGUUUUAAAAUCUCUUUUAAGAUCAUCUGAGUUGAGGACCAUCACAUCUUGCAACAGUUUAUAUAUGUGUUGUCUGGCCUGAAUCUCUCCCUCCCCCCCGUCCCCCAUCUGAGCUGCAGUCUAAGGAAGAGAACCAUCUCUGCCCUUUCUCCAUACAUGCAUUUUAUAUCCUCCCCAUUUCUUCCCCCCUUCUAAACUUAGAAGUCCCAAACGUCUUUUCUCUUGGCGCUGCUGCAGCCCUUUGAUCAGCACCAGCAUUUGAAAUUCACCCGGGCGCAUUUUCCACCUGGCUAUCUGCCACUUGCGGCAAAG